AUGGAAUCAAAUAAUGAUGAUUCUUCAUUACCCAAAGUGAUGCUUGAUAGUAUUCAGGAUUACAAUUAUGUAAAGGCUGUUUUUCGUAAUGCAAUACAGAAAACUCUUGAAAUACAUUUGCCUGAGCAGGCAUCCCGAGAAACAGGAAAGGGAAAAGAAGAUCACCUAAGAGUUCGUGUGAAAGAGAUGCUCAACGAACUAAUUGAAUUCACCUUCACGACCGUCCAAGAUAAUAUUACGAUUAAUGGAUUUGAUGCAAAGUCAGCACUUGAAGAUCCCCAGAACUCUGACCAAAUUGAAUCUUUCGACCUUGGUCUCCGUUCAAGAGUUCAACAAUUAUUUAAUGAUGUGGAAGAUGCCCAAGUUCGAGUUGCCAAAUACAGGAAAUAUGUACCUCUUCAAUACGAGUCUGCAUUCUCGAAUUCUUUAAAUGAGCAAUUAGCGACACUACAGAAUCUUAGAGUAAAUCCUACAAAUGAAGAUGUUCAUCCUGUAAAUGACGAAGUUGAAAAAGAUGAACCACCCAUUGACCUUGAUAGGUAUGAACAAACCAUUGCUAAAAUUGCUUUCUUGAAGAAAAGUAUUCCAAAGGUAACUGCUCAGUUGGAAAAGACUCUAUAA